GAAUCAUCUUCUUCCCCAUUUUGCAUUCGAAACUGAGAACAAAUGGCUUCUUCUCUAUCCACAUUCUUCCACCCAAAAUCUCCUCAUCUUUCCAAGCAAAGUCAGUCACCAAACCUCUCAUCAUCUUUCCUAUCAUCAAUCCCUUUAUCAUCAAACUCAAACAUCUCUCUUCAAUUCCGUUGCAACCAGAAACAAUCAUGCUCUGCAACUCCCAGACCUCUUACUGUCAGAGCCAUGGCUCCUCCUAAACCUGCUGGCAAAGCCAAAAAAGUGACCGGAAUGAUUAAGCUGGCGCUGGAAGCCGGAAAGGCCACACCGGCCCCACCGGUUGGGCCCGCGUUGGGUUCAAAGGGAGUCAACAUUAUGGCUUUUUGUAAAGAUUAUAAUGCCAGGACUGCCGAUAAAGCCGGUUAUAUUAUCCCCGUCGAAAUCACCGUUUAUGAUGAUAAGAGUUUUACGUUUGUGUUGAAGACGCCUCCUGCUUCGGUUCUGCUUCUUAAAGCUGCAGGUGCGGAAAAAGGUUCUAAGGACCCGCAAAGGGAAAAAGUGGGGAAAAUUACAAUCGAGCAGCUACGUGUAAUCGCAGCAGAAAAGUUGCCGGAUUUGAACUGCACGACCAUCGAAUCAGCAAUGAGAAUCAUAGCAGGAACGGCGGCUAAUAUGGGCAUCGAUAUUGACCCGCCUGUUCUUGAACGCAAAGUCAAACAAAUUCUCUAAAUCUCUUUUGUUUGACUAAUGAGAUUCAUGUAUGAGUAAUGUAGCAAUAUCUUGAAUGCAAAUAUUAUUGUAUUUGUUAUCAUGUUGUUUCUAUUUGUUUCAAAUUUUGGUAUGAAUGUGUAGAGAUGUUUGUCAUGUAAAAGACACUACCAAAGACUUGCUUGUUUUAACUUUACUUAUCCAAUAUAAAUUCCCAUUU